AUGGGAAACGAAACAUUACUUCCCCAACCCCAACACACCUCUCUAUGGACUACACUGAAACAAAAAGGUUAUGUGGGUGGGUUCUUAAUACUAUUAGUUUGCUUGCUCCUCAUUUCUACCGUAAUCUUUUCUAUCUACGACAUAGAGACAACACAAGAUUCGUAUGAAGAAAAUUAUGUGCCGGAUAUUACAGUGCCAUCAAUGGAUUUCACCGUGCUUAAUAUGACCGAGACUCGUCUUAGUGUAAGAUGGGAUUUAUUGAUUAGGAUUCCUCCAGAUCUUCCUGGUUUCUAUAUGUGUCUCGAGGGAGAUUUUCAGGUUUUCAUAAUUUACAGAGGUGUAACCAUUGCUACUUCAUCCAUAGAGAGUUAUAGUCUCAGACCGUGGUGGGCUAAUCUACUUAAGGUUUCAUCUAUUGCUUCGGAAGUAGAUAUGGACGGUUUGAUUGUGAAAGAUAUCAUGGAGAGUAUUAAGGAAAGAAGUGAAAUGCGGUUCGGGUCGAGAUUGCAUUUUCGGGAUUGCAGAUAUGAGACGACUGGAAAGAUGAACUAUGCGUGUGAUGAUGCCUUGUUGCAGUUCGAGCCCGGCUCUCAUAGAACGGCAAGUUUAUUAUUUGGCAACCAUUCUACUUGUUCUUUGGUUGUUUAG